CGUAGUCCAAUAAAAAGACAAUGAUUUUGGCGCCGUGCCCUAUCGGAAUAUGUUCGGGUCUGUGGGAGAGUUCUUUCUUGUGUGCGAUAGUGAAAAUACCGAAGCUGAAGGUCUUUUAAAAAUUGGUAUAUUCGGGCAGGUAAUAGCAGCAUAUUUCUACAAUUGAUAUGCAUGGGAACAAAUUCAUCUUUGCAAACAUCAGUUGUCGAUACAGUCACUAGUACCAAUGUGAACAGAAUGAAUCCUGGUGACCAUCGAAACCCAUUGCCACCAAUACCGCCACUCUACAGCAGUGUGGACACAUCACAACGACAGACGUACAGUCCAUCAGGAACGCACACGAUGUCAUCGAUGUCCACAUACAGUCAGAGCCCUCAGGGUUUUAGUCACAUUCCAGUUAAUCCUGUACCGGGUCCUCCUUAUCACAAGAUAGCACAGCCCCUUCAUCAGCAAGAUUCCACCCAACAGCCUGUAUACUCGCAGUAUUCUCAGGCAUAUUCACAGGGUCCAUUUCCACCACAAUCAUACCCUUCCCAACAGUAUUAUCCUCAACCAUCUGGCUACCAGCAGCCAUAUCCUGGCACCAUGCAUCCCAUGAGUCAACAGUACCUUGCCCAGCCAAUGUCGUAUCAACAACCAAGCCAAAGGUAUGAUCAGGCAUAUAAUAGGCCAUUCCCACCAGAACAAAGGUCAGCAAUCCCUGGCUACCCUCAACAACCACCUACAACUCAGUCAACUAGUCACCCAACAGUACAGCACCCUGUGCCACAAAUGGCAACAGCUCAACCAGUACCAUAUCAGCCCUAUCCAACUUACCCACCAACUUCCCAAAAUGUUUCAGUCUCUGGUCCUCCAUCAAAUGUACCACCAGCUGAGACAGAGGAAAAUCACAGUGAGAAGUUAAGUUCUCCACCAACCAAUCAGGUGCAAGCUGAAACAGCACAAUUAAAACCAUUACCAGUACAUCCACCAGAUGUGAAAGAUGAUGAGAGUAAUACCACAAACCAGACUUCUGAAGAGGAACUUAAAGACCUAGCUGAGAAGUCUACAGAUUCUGGAGACAACAAAACAUCACCUUUUGCCCAGAAGAAAGAAACUGUAAAGGCUGGUAAGACUGCUGUUAAACCGCAAGCUGUUACCUCUGCCGUUGCUACCUGCCCAAGUGGAAACAUGAUGCCGGUAGUAGGCUUUGACGAGAAACCUUGCGAGUGGCUAGUUGGUGAUCUGGUUUGGUCUAAAGUAAGUGGACAUCCGUGGUGGCCAUGCAUGGUAGCAUAUGAUCCAAAUCUUGGAAUAUAUACACGUAUGAAAGGUGGUGGUGCAAAAAGCUAUAGGAUGUAUCAUGUUCAGUUCUUCGGUCAAGUGCCAGAGAGAGGCUGGGUUAGUGGAGCAAGCAUGCGCAAAUUUGUUAGUAGAGAACAGUAUGAUAGCCUUAUCAAAGAACUUGUUUCUAAAAUCAAGAAUAAAACUGAUAGACAGAGAGUUUUGCAGAAAAAUUCUCUAAAGCCAAACAGGAAACCAGCUUGGGAUGUUGCCGUCACUGAGUGUGUACGAGCUCUUCCAAUGAGCAGACAUGAAAGGAAAUUGAACUUUACUUUUAAAUAUGAGAUGCCCAAAGCAGGACUAGGUAGUGCAACUACCGAAGAGAUUGAUAUUGUGUCCCUUGGAGACUCUCCGAAAAUGAAAGCAAAGAGAGCCUAUAAGAAGCAUCAGGAUGAUGAAGCUGCUGCUGUUUCUACGGCGAUUCCAUUGGUGCCAAAGAAAUCGACUAAUGAGAAAUCUCAGGAAGAGAAAGAGAAGACGUCUGAUGUGGAAGACUCCACUGUGGGUCCGGCAACCACACCUGUAAAACAGAAGCGGCAGUACAGGAAGAAACCGAAAGUGUCCGAGGAUGAAUUGUCAUCCGAGGCGGAAUCACCUCGGAAGAAAAAAAGAGGUCGUAAACCUCAACCAUUUCAUGAGUACAGCAAAGCUCAUUGGGAAGAUAUUUCCAAUGAGCAUCCAACUUUAGGUAAAAAAGAACUUUAUACUAUCUUAGAGGAAAAAUGGGAUGCACUGCCUGAAGAUGAAAAAGCACAAUACCAUAGUACCAAACCAGCCAAGAUUGGCAGCGAAAAGAAGAGAAAGCAAAGAUCGGAUGAUAGUGAUGGCAAGCCUUUGACUCCUACUAAACGAUCUAAGAGAGAAACAAAGCCGUCACUCAAGAUGCAAGAAGCAGACUUUGAUAGCAUUGGAUUUUCACCUGAAAUGGCUAAAACUUUAAAGGCUAAAGAAAAACAGAAUAGUAAAGAACCUCAAAAGGAAACAACAAAUAAACAAGGACUAACCAAUACAGGGACUCCAAAAGCUAAGCCCAGUCCAACACCGAAACGACAACAGAAAACGACUCCAGCAGCCGAUACCACUCAACCACCAGCCACUGAAAGCAUUCCUCAAAAAGACACUGUCAUUCCGGCCGAUGUCAUUACAUAUGACCCGUCAAAGAGAAGCAAGAAAAGGAAAUUAAAGAAAUUAAGGAUAGACUCUGCUCAAGAGGCUGAUGGUCAAGCAACUGAAAGCGAAGACUCUCCUGGUGUUUUGGACCCUACCACCGAGAACAGCAACCCUGCCAGUGGGUCGAGUUCUAGUGACGAGGGCGUAGUUAACGGCAAAUCCAGCAGUGGUGCUGGAGCUUCCCGUAAAGAGAAUGUAUGCCAAGUGUGUGAGAGAACCGGUGAACUGUUGCUAUGUGAAGGAAGCUGCUGUGGUGCUUUCCAUUUAGAUUGCAUUGGGCUCAGCGUCAUGCCAACGGGUACUUUCAAAUGCGACGAGUGUAUAUCAGGUGUUCAUUCUUGCUUUAUAUGCAAGAAGGGUGACGAUACAGUGAAGAGAUGUAAUGUGUCAGUUUGUGGCAAAUUCUACCACGAGUCGUGCGUUAAAACAUUCCCCCAGACGCGUUUUGAUAACCGAGGAUUCAUCUGCCCGCUGCAUACCUGCACAGCUUGUGCUGCCGAGAAUCCAAAAAAUCCUAAAUCAUCAAAAGGGCGCCUGAUGCGAUGUGUUCGCUGUCCAACAGCCUAUCACUAUGGCGAUGCAUGUAUUGCAGCUGGCAGUAUGGUCUUGGCCUCAAAUGCUAUUGUUUGCAGUCGACAUUUCCAACCAAUCAAAACUCAGAAGCAUCAUUCACACGUUAGUGUCAGUUGGUGCUUCCUAUGUUCUAAGGGCGGUAAUCUACUUUGCUGUGAGAGCUGCCCUGCUGCAUUCCACCCUGAUUGUAUUGGUUACACAAGCAUUCCAGAAGGACGGUGGUUUUGUAGGGAUUGUACCAACGGUAAACGUCCCCAGUAUGAUGAUAUUGUCUGGGUCAAAGUCGGAAACUAUAGGUGGUGGCCUGGAAGGGUGUGCAUUCCAAGGAAUGUGCCUCACAAUAUCCAGGAGAAGCCACAUCAAGUUGGAGAAUUCCCGGUUCAUUUCUUUGGUUCAAAUGACUACUUCUGGACACAUCAGGCUCGUGUAUUUGCUUUUCAAGAGGGUGACAAAGGUAGUAGGGAUAGUACAACUUCCAAGGGAAUUGCUGCUGUCUUUAAACUUGCAUUGACCGAGGCAACAGCACAUUUUAAGGAUUGGAAGGCAAUGAAAGAAAAACGUGUAGCAAAAGACAAACAAGAAAAUGACAAGAAACCAGCCCCAUUUAAAUACAUUAAGGUUAAUAAACCAGUAGGUAAAGUGCAAAUGCCUACGUUUGAUAUAUCCCAAUGUCAGCCGUGUGAAUGUAGUCCAAAUAUGGAGAACCCAUGCGGUGAAGGCAGCGAUUGCUUGAACCGUAUGCUACAGAUAGAGUGUCACCCGCAAGUGUGCCCGACAGGUGAAAAAUGCCAAAAUCAGCGCUUUCAAAAAAGACAGUAUCCAGAUUCCAUUCCGUUUAAAACCGGGCCAAGGGGCUGGGGACUAAUGACAAAGGUUGACAUUAAGAAGGGUGACUUUGUUAAUGAAUAUGUUGGAGAGCUUGUAGAUGAUGAAGAGUGCCAUCGAAGAAUUAAGAAAGACCAUGAGGAGAACAACACCAACUUCUACUUCCUUACGCUGGAUAAGGAUCGUAUCAUUGAUGCCGGACCAAAGGGUAACAUGUCAAGAUUUAUGAACCACUGUUGCUGGCCUAAUUGUGAAACUCAGAAGUGGACAGUCAACGGUGAUAUAAGAGUUGGCCUGUUUGCUACUAAAGACAUUAAAGCAGGUUCUGAACUGAAUUUCAACUAUAAUCUAGACUGUCUGGGUAAUGAGAAAAAGAAGUGUGAAUGCGGGGCAGAUAACUGCAGUGGCUUUAUAGGCGUACGUGCUAAGACUGCAGCUGCUGAAGCAACAGAAGAGAAAUCAAAGAAAGCAAAAGAUAAAAAGAAGAAAAAGAAACGGAAGCUGGAGAUGAAAGUUAAACAUGAAGACUUCUGCUUCCGAUGUGGGGAAGGAGGUGAACUGAUCAUGUGCGACAGGAAAACUUGUCCCAAAGCGUACCAUUUGAGUUGUUUAAAACUGGAGAAAAAACCAUAUGGUAAAUGGGAUUGUCCAUGGCAUCACUGUGAUGAUUGUGGAAAAGUCGCCAAGUUGCUGUGUGUAAUUUGUCCCAAUUCCUAUUGUGAUACCCACAAAGUAGAUAAAAGCAAAGUGAUUGAGGGACUAACUGUUUGCAUUGAACAUUCUGAUGAAGAUUUUAAUCAUGAAAUGACCAGAAGACAGCAAGAGGAUUCGAUAGACGAUAAGAAAUUAAUUGAAGAAAGCAUUCCACAAUCCAAAAUGGAAGAAAAGAAAGAAGAGGAGGUAAAGAAUGAAGAACUGAAACCUGCAGAUGUUAAAGAAACACCAGAGGUUAUCAAUGGAGGGGGGAAAACAGAUAAAAAGCAGAACGAGAGUGAAAAGCCAUCUGGAAAAAAACAAAAACAGAAGAAAGAGAAAGAAGCACCACCGGUGAAAGAAACAAAAACUGUCGCUAAACCUCAGAAAGGAAAACGCAGUAAGAAGCAACAGGAAAAAUUCAAAGAAGAAAAGUUACAAAAUCUUUUACAAAAUACGGGUAGAAAGUCUUCAAAGGCUAAAAAAAGUGAACCAUCACACGAUGUGCCAUCUCCUCCGGAAAAAAAGCGGAGAAAAUCAGGAAAUUCCAAUGAACCUUGUACCGGAAACGGUGUCCAUAAUUCUACGUCAGAUGACGACGAUGAAUUAGGAGCAUUAGUUAUUGACGAGGAGCCCGCACCAGAGAGUAAGAAGAGGCGAAAGAAAUCCAAAUAGUAGGAGAAAAAUAUGUUUAUUUCUGAGAACUACCUGCUGCAGAAAUAGGUCUGUGUAUCAUUCCCUUUUAAGUGUUUUUAUAUUUUAUGAUUGAUAGAUAUUUUGUAGUUAAUACUGUAAUAAGAAUUAUUAAAUUUCCGGGUUGAUAAUCAAAAUUGUAAAUGAAAUUUUGAGCUAUUGUGACAAAUUUGUAGAGGAAUAUUGUUAAUGAUAGAAAGAACCACUUUAGUUGAUUUAUGUGUAUUUUUUUUUUUUUUCUCGUGUGUGUGUGUGUCUUGCGUUAUGCAUUAUUAUUAGGUAUGCCUAAUCAGAUUCGCUAUACCCGUGUGUUUUGUUCAUCUCUGUACCAAGGAUUCAUUAGAAAAAGUUAGCCCUCUUCUCUUGUUAAAAAAGCUUUUGUUUUGAUAGUGUUGGGGUCAGUCCCAGAAUUGCAAUUGUUAAAUCCAAAAUCAACUGGAAUCUAUAUUUUUGAAUUGGUGGAAUUGAUAAUUCAGUAUUGUAAUUAUUUUGUAAGACAGAAUAUAUGUGGGAUAUCACAAUGCACUUUUUGUACACAUCCAGUACACUGGCUUCAUGCAUUCAUAUUGCAGUGUGUAUCAACCAUUUUGGUGUAGGCAAAAGUAAAUAAGCAAUACUUUUAAGGCUACAGUUUAUUUGAAGUUCAAAGGUCAAAGUGUACAUGAUAAAUCUUGUCUUCACAAGAAGCAAUGAAUAAUGUGUUGCCUGGCUUUAUAUGGUAAAUUUAAAUACUUAAGAAUUGAUAAAUUUAAGGUUGGAAUUUGAAAUUUUGAGUUGACCCCAACCCUGUAUUUGAUCAGGGUGAGAGCUUUCAAAGGAGGCUAUGAUUUAUUACAUGAUUAUAGGAUUACAAAGGGGUGAAUCUUCUUCAUCCCUACGUCUGUAUUGGGAGUUUGAUAUUAUUAGUACUGUAUGAUUCUUUUUUAAAGACAAAUCUAGAAAUGUUAACCCUGUUUGAUUAAAAAAAUUAUGUACAGCCCUUUAGAUGUUUGUAUGUGAAAUACAACUUUUGGUAGCUAACCGAUAAAAUAGGGAGAUUUCCUGUCUUGUAUUCUUGGUGGAUAAUGUUAUACAAAGGCUUUAAGACCACACUUGCACACUUGGUUAUCCUGUAUUAUUGGUGUCUACUUUUCUCUUUGUGUUAACAUAAUUUUGUGGUAGUUUGUGUAUAAAAAUUGUACAAUUCUAUUAUUUUCUUUUUUAGCAUUAUUUGAUCUAACUUUGUAAAAGUUAUUUUUAAAUAAUUUUAUGGAGGAUAAUUUUGAAAAUUAUUAGACAAGGAUCCUUCCGAAAUUAACCUUUGUCAUUUGUCAAAAGAAAUAGUUUACUUGCUACAAAGUCGAGAGUUCUUUCAGUUUAGGUGACUGUGUAGAGGGACUGAACUAGUGUACCUAAUUAUGUAAACAUAAUUGUAACUGCUUUCUCAGCCAGGUGGAUUUAUUUUUAAAUGUUGUGUAGAAAAAUUUGUAUUUGAAUAAAUGAGCUGUCACAAAAAAAAAA